AUGGGGGGGCUAAUGUUUUGGGCCUCCCUCUCAACAAUGGUGGUGACGAUGAAUUAUGUGAUGGCCUGUGAUGAUAAAGGAUGCUUGCUGGAGGCGUUGAAAGAAAUGAAGGAAUGCAAAAAAGCAGUUCUGGCUUCAUUGUUGAAACCUCUACUCGCUUCUAAAUUAGAAAAAAAAGAGAAAUGCAGUAAGUGCUCUUUGGCUGAACCACCACCUCCUCCGGCUACCAUCAUGUUGAUGCCGGCUUCUCCGCCUCCGUGCCUACCACCAGCUCCGCCGAUGAUGCUGUCACCACCACCCUGUCUACCACCGCCCAUGUUCUUGCCAGCACCGAUGCCAGCCCCUACCUGUCUCGCACCGCCGCCCCCUAUGAUUCUAUCUCCUCCACCGCCUGCCAUGUGCGUCCCAGCACCUCCUCCCUCUCCCUAUAUCUUCCCAGCACCAGCUCCUCCUUUAAUGUUACCACCUUCUCCGCUAGUUCUGCCAGCUCCGGCUCCUCCACCAAUAUUCAUGCCAGCACCUCCUCCGUUGCCUCUAUCUCCUUGUUCGUGCUACCCUCCUCCGCCAGCUCCGUCGCCAAUAGUUAUUUCCCUGGUUCCGCCAGCGCCCCCUCCCUGCCAUCUACCACCCCCUCCUCCCGGCCUGCCCAUGACAGCCUACAUGGUCCCACCACCGGUUCCCAUCACCCUGGAACCCAAGCCAUUGGAGCUGCCUCCGUGUAAAUGUCACUAUUAA